UUUUGGUAUAUCAAGUGAUGAAGAUUCCAAGACAAAUAAUGAACAUAGUCAAAGUGAUCAGUCAAAAGAACAUAUUUCCAAUAAUCUUUUAGAAAACACAAUGCUUGUAGAUGAAGACUUGGAAUUUGUUGAUACCUCUAACAUUAUACAUCCUGCUGAUGAUAUUGAAGCAAAGUGA